UUUUCUCCAUCAAAGAUGAUUCAGUACCGGUAUCUGUAUUUUGUGUUAAUAUUAUCUGUUGUAUUGGAGUUGUUUGUUGGAGUAAUCGAUGGCAACCUGUUAUAUUGGUCACCAAGACCAGGCCGUCAUGACCGUAUUGGAGGUGGUGUAGAUACACAUAUUGAAGAGCAUCCACAUCUGGUCCAAUUGGAAAACGAAGGAACCAAAGUUUUUUGUGGUGGUUCGAUACUUACAUCAACAAUCAUAUUAACUGCUGCCCAUUGUGUUGAUGAUAACUCUACAUUAUUUGUUCGAGCUGGAGCAACAAAAGCUGGUAUAGGUGGUUCUAAAAUACUAGUACGGUUAAUAGAAAUCCAUCCUAAGUAUGGGGUUGCUAAUCUAAUUCCGAAUUUUGAUAUUGCCAUCUUAAAGCUGAAAGAACCUUUGGAAUUUUCAAAAACAAUUCAGUCAAUAUCUUUAGCUACUGAACGAGACCGAAAAGUUUCAAAAAAUGUGGGUGUAGUAGCUGGAUGGGGAUUGACAAAAUUUGGAACACCUACGCUUCUACAACAUGUCUUGAUUCCAAUUAUAUCGAGAAAACAGUGUAAGUCAAAGUUUUAUUCUAAAUACGGCCACGAUCACGUUAUUGAUGAGACUAUGUUUUGCGCAUUUCAUCCGAAUGGACGAGAUACUUGUAGGGGUGAUUCUGGUGGAUCUUUAACUGUGAAUUCUAAAUUAUACGGUGUUGUAUCAUGGGGCGAAAAUCCUUGUGGAAAUAAACUUUACCCCGGUGUGUAUGUAAAACUUACAAAUCCAGAUAUUAGAAAAUGGAUAAUUACGAAGGUUAAAGAACUUUCUUAAAACUAAAG